AUCGUAGCUGUCAAUGAAAAAAGGGCGGCGAAAGUGAGCACAAAGAGAGUUGAAGACGUGAAGAGAGCGACCGAAGAGGGGCGGCAUGCAAAUGCAGUGAAAAUAUUGGCAUUCUACUCAAUCGAAGUGAUAUGAGAGAAACAGGAAGGUUACAAUCUAUGUAUGUGUUGCGCCACAUCACGACAUUUUCGUGUCCUUUUCAAUGCUGCUGCUGCUGCGGCACAAGUGUGAACAAGCCCUUCAUUUUGGAGCAGUUUAUGUGCAAGCCUUGUGAACACACUUUACGCGAUAUUAAGUCUAAACACGGCGUAUAACCAGGAGGAGCAUGUCCGAUUCUGAGUACGAGGAGACGGAGUACCUGGUUUUCGGGGAUUUCAAAAACCACGUUCAGCCGUUCCAGCUCAACCACGAGGACGCUGCCAUCAAGGUCAUUGGAAUCGAGAGCGAUGCGCCCAUGGCGGAGGUGAAUGGUAGUAUCUACCGAGGACGCUACGAGCAUUCCGUGGGAACUAACGUGUUCUUCGAGAAGGAGAAGGACAAUCUGGCCAGCGAUCCGCUGUUCGAGUCAGUGUGCCGCCAGCGGUACCAGUACGUGGACAAGUCCACCAAGGUGAUAUCCUUCGAGCGAGUCUACGUCGACAACUUGCACCAGGAGGCCGAAAAGUCGAGCAAGGCUGAGGAGGACGAACAGGCGGAGGCCAAGCCGGAGUCGUUAAAGUUGAAUAUUACUUAUAAGGAGGCGAUCAACAAGUUCGGGGAGGAGCAUUAAGUAGAGUGAACUGAAUGAAAUCGGCAAAAGAAUUUCGAUACUCAAUAAAAUCACUCCCCACAUCAUGGAGAGACCAAAUACGGUGA